AUGGGGUCAGCUCUAUUGGAGGUAGAUACAAUGGAAAAGAGGGAUUUGAUCAUGAUGUUGAGGGAACACUUAAAGGACAAGUGUUACAUGAUUGUGUUCGAGGACGUGUGGAAAAUUGAAUUUUGGAAAGAUGUAGAGCAUGCCUUACUUGGGAACAACCAAAAUAGUAGAGUAGUGCUAACAACACGAAAUAAAGCAGUGGCUGAAUUUGUACCAUUCUCAAUGGCUGAAGGCUUUGUCCAAAGCAACAACCACCUUCAAUCUAAGCAUUUUGUAGAAGAAUACUUGGAGGAGCUUAUUGAUAGAAACUUGGUUCAAGUUUUAGAGAGAACAGAGUCUGGACGAGUUAGAUUUUGUAGAGUUCAUGAUAUGAUGUAUGAGAUCAUUCACAGAAAGAGGGAGGAAUGCUAUUUUUGUCUUUUCUCAAAUGAAAGAGACUUGAAUCACUUUUGUAAAACUUGGCGUAUUUCAAUACAAGAACGCAUUGAUGAAGUUCUAGAGAGCAUAAAAAAUUCAAAAAUUCGUUCCGUUUUUCUUUUCGAUGUAGGCAAAUUGCCCAAGUCUUUCAUGACUACACUUGUUACUACUUUCAAGCUUAUAAAGGUACUUGAUUUUGAAAAUGCCCCUGUAGAUUCUCUUCCUAAUGGGGUGGGAAAACUUUUUCAUUUGCACUAUUUAAGUUUGAAAAAUACUAAAGUGAAAGAACUUCCCAAGUCCAUAAACAUGCUUAUCAACUUGGAGACUCUGAAUUUGAAAUGGACACCCAUGUUGGAGUUUUCAAUUGAGAUCAAGAAUCUAAAACAAUUGCAAAGUCUAAUAUUUCAACAGAUUAACGAUGAAGGACCUUGCCAUAAUUUAGUGAAAAUACCAAAAGGCUUUGGGGCUUUAACAGAGUUACAAAGCCUACUUAAAGUGCAUAUACAUUCUGAAGCACUUAAGGAGCUCAAGAUGCUGACACAGUUGAGAAAGUUGAGGGUUAAUCUUGUAUAUAGAGAUGUAUGGGAUUUGUUUGCUAUCGUUGAGAAUAUGGAAAACUUUGAACGGUUGAGUGUGAGAUUGUUGACAAGUGGAAAAGAGAUUGUUGAUUUAGAAUCGGUGGCUUCUCCUCCUCAAUGUCUUGAGCGGUUGGACUUGGGUAUGUAUAUCAAGAAGCUACCAAUUUGGAUUUCUGAACUUCAAAAUCUAAUCAGAUUAGAAUUGAUUUUGGUUGGAUCAACCAAUGAUUUGAUGAGAGACCUUCAAGCUCUGCCUAAUUUGUUGGUGUUUAUUCUCACUGUGAGAGACUAUGAUGAAGAAUUGCAUUUCAAAGAAGGCUGGUUCCCAAAGCUCCAAGUGUUGUGUCUCUAUGAAUUCAUAGAACUGAAACGGAUGGUGAUAGAGAAAGGUGCAAUGCCUAGUCUUACAGAGCUUCAGAUUGGAUCAUGCCCAUUGUUGAAGGACAUUCCAACUGGAAUUGAGCAUCUCAGAAACCUAAAGACACUUUUAUUUGAUAUGAUGUUGAAGACAGUUUAUUGCAUGAUAAAAGAUGACAACUGGGAGAAGCUCACUAAUCACAUUUCGGAAAUACGUGCCUCUUAUAACGAAACACCCAGGAGAUAUAAUUUUUUCAAGAUUACAUUUUUGUCUUCUCUUUCAGCUGAAGAUUUUGAGCAACUUCUUAAAGAUAUUAAUUACAAGUAUUACUAA